GAAUAUUUCAGACUUUACUCAAAUACACACUUACAGCCGAUUCUCAUUAAAAAGGUCUGAACUACAGUCCUUUUGAUUUUCAACUAACAAUUUCUUCAUCCGCAUGGGAUCAGAUGCACUGGAGUUCACUAAGAGAUCACAAGACAUAUCCAAAGUGUCUAGGGACAAGAGUUUGUCUGCCACCCCCCUUCAGAGAUCAACUGCACAGCUGUUCUGUCCGGCAGAUUCAGCUACCCAGCCUUCCCUCUGAACCUGAGACACAAACUGUUCACUUACAAUGUCAGUAUGGAGACGUUCCUGUUUUGACAACAUUGUCACCCCAAACUGCUGGCCAAGCACAGCCUUUUGGUUGUGGGACUGUUCAAACUCCCUAACAAUUUGCAGUCCAUCUGAAACCUCCUUCGAGCUAUCCAUACUGGAUCUUUCUAAAGCAAGUUCAGUAUGUCCAUAUCCAUCUGAAAGUCUUUGGCCACUAGGGGUACGUCUUCACUACCCACCGAUACGGCGGGUAGCAAUCGAUUUAUCUGGGAUCGAUACAUCGCGUCUCGUUAAGACGCGAUAUAUCAAUCCCCGAACGUGCUCACCGUCGACUCCGGAACUCCACCAGAGCGAGCGGCAGUAGCGCAGUCGAUGGGGGAGCUGCGGCCGUUGAUCCCGCGCCGUGUGGACCCCAGGUCAUUCGAUCCAAGAUACUUCGACUUCAGCUACGCUAUUCCUUACUCACACACACAAUUCCAUUGACGUCACUGGGACGGCUCGUGUGGAUGUGUUCCAGGAAAUGGCAAGCCGUUUGCUGACCCGAUAGUGCUGCUCGAGUGUCUGUUCACUUCAGUAUAAAAUGUCCACUUGCUUUAAAACAUGCCAGCCAGGAUUCAUCUCCCAUGCUGGUGCAGAGCAUGGUUUUCAUCUCUGUCAAGAAACAGGGUGAAGUCUCCCUCCACCCACAGAGCACUGUGCCACUCAGGCUGUCUCUGUGGCAAGGGACAUAGGAGUGGGAGAGGCAGUGGGCCUGGGCCAUGGAAAAUAGGCUUGGGAAAACCCCUGCAAUGGCUACUUGGCUGCUCCAUAUACCUUGGAUACAGGGGUGGGGGGAGGAUUCCAUCCUCUCAACCCCGUGCAUAGGCCCCUGGACAAAGCCUAUUUAUCUGGGCAUUGUGUUGGAGAACAAAAACUUGCUCUUGUGUGGCCAAAGGUUGACAGAGUCAGGAGUUGAACCCAGGACUCCCAUAUUUCCUGUUCUAGACCAAACUCUCCAGCCUCCCUGUUCCACUCAAGGUGUGUUCAUCCCCAAACUUCCCAAGCAGCAACUCCUAUAUAUUGGAGUCUGAGUUUGGGAUUUCUUUUUCAAUCCUCUGCCUUCUGCUGGUGGAUACACAACCAUGUUGAGCCAGUUCUGUCACAGGGGCCCACUUGGGAUCCCAGUACUACGUGCUAGGAAUUAGCAACCAUGGGCCAGAUCGUCCAAGGUAUUUAGGCUCCUAAAUCAAUGAAAUCAGUGCAGGUUAUACAACUAAAUGCCUUUGAGGAUCUGGGCCCAUUUGCCUGAGAACAUGACCGUACAAUAGAUCACUUUGAAAUGUGACAGAAUCUUUCUAACGGAAUCCACCAUUAUUACUUAAAUCCACCACUCUUCCAUCUCCACGGCACAUCGAACCAGAUGAGAGUCCAGAAAUGGCUUUCCGGGAUUUCUUGUUCUAUCGUCUCUUGCUGUACAUAUACGUGGCAGUGCAAACAGCAGGCACGAGAGCAGGGCAACAUGUGUUUUGAGUCUACGCUUUGCAUGAAUCCCUCAUCCCAUUCCCAUUCCCUGCAUGCUGCCUCGGAAGGUUUUAUUGGUCUGGGACGCAGCUGAGAUCGACAGGAAACAUUUGGUUCAAACCAUAUGCUGGCAGCCCAAAGCACUGCCGGAGAGACUGCUGUACCUGAGCCUAUACUGGUUUGAUGUUUGUCUUUCUAGAAACUGACACCUGCCCCUCUCCCUCACUGAAGUCAGUAGUAGUUAAUGCUUAGCUUUUCCUCCAGGGAUCUCAAAGCAUUUUACAAACACUGGGGAUGAUUCUGCUUGGGUCCCUGAGUAUUUCACUUGAGUAAGGAAUGCGGCCUCCCAAUGCCUUUGUGAAUCAUUUUAGAGAUGAGUAAACUGAGGCAUGCAAGGGCCACAUGACAGAGGUGAGGCAAUAAAGAAUAGAACCCAGGAGUCACUGCUCAAACCCAUCGAGCUGCACUCCCUCCCUCAAGAGGACAUUGCAGAAUAAUGCUACAUACUGUUUCCAUUUAAACAACAAUAAUACUUGUAUAGAUAGUGCUGCUCAUCAGUAGAUCUCAAAUCGUCCUGCCAUGGCUGGUGAGCAUCAUUUUACAAAUAGAGAACCUGAGACUCAGGGAAGUUCACUAGACUUACCCAGAGUCACACAGCCAAUCAGUGGCAGAGCUAGAAAGAUGCCUCCGGGAAUAGGGGUCCUAGUCUGAUAUCCAGUGCGGGUUCAGUCCACCCUACUGUUAUUCCCCCACUGCUUAAGGUUAUGGCACCAGCCAAGCACCCAUGUAAGAACCAGUUCUACAAAUACAGAUAAUGUGCUUAAUUAUGACACUGAGUCAUUUCUCCCUUUUUGCCGCAGUUGUGUCCUUCCCACAACUCGACAGCCACUGGCAUAGCCUCACCUUUUCUUGACCUGUACAAUGAUUUCUAAUUCCUCUACCUGUAUCCAGCAUUGAAAGAUAGUAACAGUUCAUAUUUAAUUAGGUAAAAGUGCUGGCUAUAGGAAUGAAAGUGAAAGUCCCUUGGUGUUAUGACGGGAAAUCCAGUGCUUUCAUUUCAUACCCGAGCUCAAAGAUAAACAACACGAAGCAGGAAAAUCCCAGCUUCCACUCACCUGCCACGCUCUGAAAACAACCUCAUGGGUGAAGCAUCUGCAGAAUAAACGGGAGUGGGAAAGCUUAUAGCUUACAGCUGAAGUCCUCCUCUUGCAAGAUUCCCAGCUGCUGGAAGUGACUUUACGAGGGAACGAAGCAGUCACGGAUCGAAAACUUGUUUUGGAUGCUUGUCAGCUUUCAGAAUAAUACCAAACACUGGAUAUCUGCAGCAUCUUUCACCUCAGGAGCUCAGACAUCUGAGACGCCUGAUGGGCUCCCUCCAGAAAACAGCUGUCUGCGUCCUGUUCCUGUUUUUCUCAAGUGCCUCCCACAGCAAACUUGCACCCUUCACUUGCAGUGAUGUCAAGACAGAAUAUAACGAAACGGCAGCAAUUUCAUGUUUUGGCAAAAAUAAGAUUACAAACAUGGUAGUUAAGCGCUGUGAAAACUGUAAUGAACAGAACUCGUGCUCAGAAAGUUUUAUUAACACGUGGACAGGAAAGGAUUCCAGUGAAAAGGGAAGAAUUCAGUUGGUGCUACAACACAGCGUUUCUGAAUUGCACAUACAGGAAGUAAAAGCAACUGAUCAAGGAGGUUAUAAAUGGCAUAUUUAUUCUGAUGCUGGGGAAGACGAUGGAUGUAUAACCCUUGAGAUUACAGUUCCAGAAAUUGAGCCUAUCCUAACCAGAAACGGAAGAAAGCUCGCCUGUCUGUCACCUAUAGGGCAUCGAGAAAGGCAGAUCCAUUGGUUCGAUGGCCACGGGACUAACCUGACGGGCAGAGCAAGCCUGGUAUCUGAGGAAGCAGAAGGUGGUUUAACCAGCCUUACCAGCACUCUCCAUGAGAAACCCAACUUAACUGCCUCCGAGUAUUGCUGCACUGUGCUGUAUGAUGUGCACACCAAGAGAAACAAAACCAAGUGCAUUCGUGCCCACAAAGCAGUCGCCGAUUACCUUCAUUUUACUUCAACCCCAGAUCAGGAAAUUCCGAAGACCAUGAAAGAGCACAUUCCCAUCAUUCUAGUGCUCAUCGUUCUGGUUCUCUGCUGUUUUGCAGCUGUUCUAUACUACAGGCACCGCCAGCGAGCAAUGGCCAGAGGGAGUUUUGCAGACCUAUUAAGGACCCUCCUUCCAAUUUUGAGACAACAUGAAAAAGCAGAAGAAAAAUCACUUAACCAAGAAUGUGACGUGUGAAAACAAGAUGGCUCCUGAAUGAAAAUAAUGAUCCAGCCUGCACCAAUGCAACUGAAUUUAAGCAAAGCAGUAGAUACAGAAACUCAGACAUUCAGUACAUACACGCUAAGCAAUCAAACAAUGUGAAGCAACUAGCAUUUUAAAGACUUUUUUUGACAGACAUCCCCUGUUUUGGAGACUGGUGGCUACAUUCUCCUCUCAUUUCACUGGUGUAACUCAUUGGAAAACGUGGCCUGAUAAUUUGAGCAGAGUUCUUUCCCUCCCUGAAACACUGAUGCUUUAAGGCCGUAUUUUCCCCAGUUUUGUUGGAAUCAAAGCUUUGUUUCCUACCUUAAUAGCCAGCCCUUUGGGAUGGGCUAAUAUGGUAGCUACAUGGAUGGAACAUUUCAUCCCCUGCAUUAUGUAGCAUUAUUAACUUGCAGCCAUCAGGACAGAAGUGCUGUGCAUGAUCACAAAGACGUUCUGAUGUGAGUGCCAAUCUAAUUCACCAACCAAAUGCUGUGUUGUGAGGGGACUCUGGAACUGGGAAACCACCCCUGACUCAGCACCAACUUCAAUUACUUGAAAGAAUUGUCUGAUGAAUAGACACACUGAAGAGAAAAUGAAUGUAAAUGGGGCCCCAACUUCACAGUUAGAUUGCAGAAGUCAAUUGCACUGAUUUUCUUCCGACACAUGAUAAAAAAUAUAAAAAGAACGUGGGGAAUCUUGUUUUGUGGGCUGACAGUGACCUGGAUUAUUUCAUCCUAAAGAAUGAAAGUGUGCUGUUUGUCAAGGUUUUUAAUCAGGUAAUUAAAAUAUGGAUUUAGGACACUAACUUUAGGCAUCCAUUGAAAAAAAUCUUGGCCAUGGAUUUUAUCCAAAUGUCUUGCUAUGCUGAAAGACACAGAGAUACCUGCCUUCCUCCCUCUGGCUGAAAAGCUGUGGGAGAUUCCCAUAGGGCCAGAUUUAGGUAAUUUUUUCCAAACACUCUCUGGGGAAAGGCCAGGCCUUUUGAAACCCUUGUUUAAAUAAUCUUAAUUGAAAGUUGCACCAGUGGUUGCUGGGUAUUGUAGUACCCACCAGGCUUAAACAACUUCUCCCCAAGCAGACAUACAGCUGCCUAGGAUGCCAGGGAACCUUGUCCUAGAUAACUAGUGCAUGUUUGGGAGAUGCUGGUUUGUCGUCCUCUGAAAUGUUCACUAUUAGUUGCUAUUAGAGGUAAAACACUAGCCUUGAUGGGCCACUGGGCUGAGCCUACAUUCCUGUUGGUGACACUCCAGUUACCCACCAGCGACACAAGGGCCUGCACAUGGGUGUGUUAGAACCUGGAGGUGGGAGGAUUUGUGAGACUAUUCGUCCUCCUGUCACUGGGUGCCUCCAUCGCUGCCCAGACAGUGUACCGUACCUCCAGGCCAGUCUGUGUUGACUCACAGUCACACACAUGCCUGGCCGUUACCCUUUCACCGGGGGUGUAUUUAUUCUUUCCUUACACGCUGUGAGGAUUUCAGUGCAGGGUUAUAGCAAGAGACUUCCAUGCACCUUCACUCCUCAGCCCAGGCGCACCCUCUGAGCUCCCCUUGCUUCCUGUUCCUCCCACUUACAGCCUCCCAAUUACAUCGUUAGCCCAGGGGCUCAUAAUCCCCCGACACAAAGUGUCUAAUUGGCUUCAAUUAAUCCUGCACUCUUCCCAGUGCUGCAGCAAACUCAGUGACCAGGGUGCUAUUAGUAGUAUCCUGUCACACCUCUUCUAGCUGAGUUUUAAACCAGUUAUUAGGCCCAGGACCUAACUUCUUCAGGGCAGGAAGCUGCAGACACAAAAUUCCAUCCAAACCUAUGCAAACAGCUGGCAAUCCCAUGACCCGGUAUCCAUUGGGUUCAUCUCAGGAAUCUGUUAAUCAACGAGGUGGAUCUUCUUAUCAUUGCUAUGCUGAUUCAUUCUCUGUUAAUUAAGGCCAAAGUUGUAUCUGCAAUUAUAGUGUAUUUUACGUACAUAGAAUGUCAUGUGUAUAGAGCCAAAGGUAAUGCAGACCAAAGUCUGACACUGUCCUUUCAGAUUCUGGAGCAUCAAACCCGUAAUGGCAAUUCCAGUCGGCUCUUUUUGAAUCUUUCAGUUGGUCUAUGUUGGUUUCUAGUGCUGGGCCAGACACCAGUAGCCCAAUAAUGAAACUAUUGCUCUGUGCCAAUCAUAUGAGUAUUGCUCUGUGCCAAAACUUUUUUGCCAGCAGAAUCAGUAGAAACCAGAUAAAAAUUUUCUAAUGGAAUUUCCAUUAGUGACAUUUUUAAAAUGUGAACCAAAGUUAUUCCUUUGUCAUUCAAGUUGCCACAGGAGCUUGUGUUCCAGAAUUAGCUCUAGCAUUGUCUCUGUCUGUGGAUAGCAUUUUCUUUCUUGACAUUUUUUCUUCCAGAAAGGCUCCAAGCCGGCACCAACUUGCCCCAACUCUCCUCACAGCUCCUUCCCACUUACUUCUCCCAUUGCCCCUCCUCCCCCCUCCCCCCCCCCCCCCCCGCUGCGUGCAUGGCCCAGGCCAGACAGGGCUGUGGACACUUACUGCCAAGCAGGUAACUGUGGCUGUACGUGAGGAAGGGACAGGCUGCUAGCCCAUGAUUGUUCAUGGAGGAGUCUUGAUUUCCCUUCACCUGUAUCUCACAGAGCAGGGAGCUGAGGUGAUAUGUGGCGGGAGGGUCACGUGGGGUCAUGUGCCCGCCCCAGAUUUCUGCCAGGGUGGGACUGGGGCUGAGCGUGGCUGAAUGGGGCAUGCCUGAGAAAGGCACCUAGCACUCCCACUGACCCCUGCUAGGAGUUGCCCAUAGCAGGGAAGAGAGACGGGGCUGGCAGUUCACCUAUAUGCAGCUAUAGCUAUGCAAGAUACCUACAGUAGGAGACAAUGGAAUAUUUUUUAGUUCCUCGGAGCUUGCUAUUCAUACCAGAAACAAGGGCAAUAAUCAAAGGACAUCUGCUAAUAGGUCGCCCCUGUAUGAUGUUCAAGUCCCCGGUGAUAAUCAGACGCUUGUACGACCAAGGCCAUAAUAUGCAACUUCCAAAGUAUAGAAAGUUUUGAACUAAACUACUUGGCUCUGUGCCCCUUUAACCAAUCCUGUAAAUAACUGUAAUCAAAACACAAAUGCAAGUUUUAUAAUCCAAUGGAUGAAUGCAUUCUGCUAAAAUGAGAAUUGCUGGCUGUGGUGUCAUUUUAGCACCCAAUCUACUCAAUGAUAUGAAAGUUUUUCACAUAGAAAUUAAAGAGCCAUUAAAUCCACUUACUGGCAAGUGGAAAAUUAUUUCUCUAAGUUUUUAGUCUCUGGAUUCUUUCUGUCUGCUGACUGAACAGAAGGUUUUAACCAGACAGGAUUUUGAAGUCACUGUUUUGAUUUCUAUCUUAAUUAUUAUAGUUGGAAAGAAGACUAAAAAUUGUUUAAAAUGGUUUAAAAAUUGUAUAUAAACAAGGUUUCGGGAUUCUUUUCUGGCACUUGAGGCCUUUAGUAUGAAGGACGGUUGUGCUUUAUCCUUCCAUCCCUUAGGGUUUAAAAUCUGAAUUACAAUAAUUAGCAAAGCUGAAUGGGUUUCAACCUAAUUCUCCAUUUUGGGGUAACUAAUGCAUGGGGAAUAUCUAGAGAGAAACAUGGAAAUAAGGCGAAAGAUUUUAAAAGAACCACCAACCACCUCUGAGCACUGUAAAUAGUGAAAUCCCCCACCUUUGUGAUUACCACCUUUAAACACCGCGGGAGAGGGGGAAGAGGAGUCUCACAACAUCCACUGAAGAUGAUCAGAUGCAAAGAAAGUGAUUAAGCUCCCACCCUAUGUGGAAGGCAGGGGUGGGAGAGUAAGGAGUGCACUGCUUAGGCACUCACUCGUCGCCCCAACGGCCGAUUGCCACGCCUCUAUGGAGCUCUUCUCUGGCCCUCUCCACUAGCUUCUCUGCUGGCCGCUCACCACGCCUCAGGUAGGGGCUGCCCAUCCUAGAGGCAGGUGCACACGUCUUUCUCCAACAGGCCGUCUAGACUCCGAAUUAGUUACCCGUCACAGUCGUUAUCAUCUGCCUUCAGACGCCCCACUAUCAUUGCGAAAACCUGUCUUGGUGUCAUCAGGGAAGAACAGACCAACAAGGGAUUGCCUCAGUGAUCCUCUCUCGAGACUCUAUACGAACUAAGAGAUAGAGGUCCUGAGCAACCGACAGAAGGGUGAUAUAUGUAUCUCAUACGUAUCUUGUACCCCAUCUGGUAUUGAUUUGGGUCCUGGCUUCACACCACGUAUUCACUAGGUUACUGUACAUGUAAAAGAAUAAGUUUCAGUUAAUGUUUACUCACUUCCCUGUCCCCACUUUGUAAACAUCUCCCCAAAUAAACAUUUUCUGUUUGGUUUACAUAA